CAGUUGAGCCUUUUGAGAAUAAUUACUGUUGUAUGGUCUCUAAAAUGGCUUUGCUGAGCUAGUGUUUUAACUUUUAAGUUUACCCUUCAAGUUGUGCCUUUUCCAAAUGGGAAAUCUGUGUGUUUUAACUAUUAGCCUAAUUAGGCUAGUCGUUUGACUUAUCAUCAAGCAAUCUUUGUUACUUCUAAAUUGGUUAGUUCUUUAGGCAUUAUGUAUGCCUCUUAUGUAAUAGUUCAGGAGGGGCUGGAAAUAGUUGAGCUCCAGAUUCAAUUGAAAUUAUAAAAUCCAUCAGUUUAAUGCAUUUUCUUGUGAUAACCUAUUUCUAACUUGAAUAUCGGUGCUGAUGUAUUGUUAUUGUUGCUCUCUUCUGUGAUCGUGUGGGUUAUGCAGAUCAUUUUGUAUUUCCUUGUAUACACUAAUUGUACUAUCUUGUUAACUUAUAGAUAAUUUGACAUCAUAUACUCCUAUGUUUAACCGACAUGUUAUAGUUUCUUCAAAUAACUAAUCAGUGUAUAUUACAGUGUAUACUCUAGCAUAAAUUGACAGCAUAUAUCCCAUCAACCAUACUCUCUACCGAAUGCAGCCCGCCCAUCAACCAUACGCAGUCGGAGGUUUUCAAAAGACUCCCGCAUAUAUGUUCUAAUUUUGUAGUUUGUACAUAUAAAUGGAUUGUACAUUGCACUGGAACUGAACUUAGCAUGGCCUAAAGUGUAAGGACGUUAACCCCAUUUUUAAAAAAGAAAGAGAGCCAUUAACCACGUCUUUUUGCAAGGGCCUCAGUUCUCCUGCGUCGCGAAUGGUGCAAAUUACAACUGAGAUGUCAGAUAUGUUUGAACUUUGAGUUGAAUUAGAUACCUCGCAGGUCGUAAUGUAUUAUGGUUUUUGGAGGGCAAUAUCGUAAAUCUGCAUUGUCGUGAAGCUGACGCGUUCUUGGCCUCUUCUUCCCUUCUUUGCGCUUCCGGUGUCACAGAAACACACACACUGAACCAACUUAGGGUUUUAACUUCACGAAUCCCAACCCAAUCUUGAAGGAAAGUUCAUUCCAAAUUAUUGGGAAAUAUAGUUGAUCGAGAAACUACACAAUUUUUAGUGAGAGAGAGAGAGUUUGGCACUACUUGUGAGCAUUUGUAGAUUGUGAGAAAUAAUUUUGAUCAAGACUUUGAUGAUCAGAUUUGGUUUUGAUACUCUCGUCUCCAGCUUAAUCGAUCUUUUCCUCUUACACUAUUAAUCAAUGGAUUUGGAUGCGCACGGGGGCAACAAGCGUGUCUUCCAGCGACAUGGGGGUCCACCAACGGCCGACUCCAGGCAGAAGGUUUGCUUCCAUUGGCGGGCGGGCAAGUGCACCCGCUACCAGUGUCCCUUUCUUCACAGGGAACUGCCUCCUAUGCAGGCAGCCAAUGGUGGCGGCGGUGGCAGCUCUAACACUUAUAAGCGUGGCUUUGGGGAUGACCACAGCUUUACAGGCCCUCCAGCUGCUCGUAGAAAUCCCAAUUUUAACCACUCUUCGACGUGGGGACGUGUCGGGGGUAACAGGGUGGUGAGAAAGACUGAGAAAUUUUGUACUUAUUGGGCUCAAGGGAGUUGUAAUUACGGUGAUAGAUGUAGGUUCGUGCAUUCUUGGAGUGUGUCGGAGAGUGUUUCUCUGUUGACGCAGCUCGAGGGCCACGGGAAGGUUGUCAACGGGAUUGCUUUGCCAUCUGGGUCUGAUAAGCUCUAUACAGGAAGCAAAGAUGAGACUUUGAGGGUUUGGGAUUGCCAGUCUGGUCAGUGUGUGAAUGUGUAUAAUCUUGGCAAUGAAGUAGGAUGCAUGAUAAGUGAAGGUCCUUGGAUUUUUGUUGGUCUGCCACAUGCUGUUAAGGCAUGGGAUAUUCAAACUUCCACGCAACAUAGUCUUCCUGGUCCUGUGGGGCAAGUUCAUGCCCUGGUUGUGGGUAAUGAUUUGCUCUUUGCUGGUACGCAGGAUGGUGCCAUAUUGGCAUGGAGAUACAACGCAGCAACCAACGGCUUUGAUCCUGCUGCAUCACUGACAGGUCACAGCCUCGCAGUUGUUUCAUUAGUUGUUGGUGCUAACAGACUCUGCUCUGGUUCCAUGGACAAGUCAAUAAGAGUAUGGAGCCUAGAAACCUUACAGUGUAUGCAGAUACUGACAGAGCAUACUUCAGUGGUGAUGUCUAUGCUUUGCUGGGAUCAAUUUCUUUUGUCAUGUUCAUUAGACCAAACAAUAAAGGUUUGGGUCGCUAACGAUAGUGGAAAUUUGGAAGUAACAUACACACACAACGAAGAAAGUGGUCUCCUCACCCUUUGUGGUAUUCGUGAUUCGGAAGGCAAGCCUAUCUUGCUAUGCUCUUGCAAUGACAACUCUGUGCGCCUCUAUGAUCUGCCCUCGUUUGCGGAGAGGGGUAAAAUUUUUGCUAAGCAGGAGGUUCGUUCCAUUCAGAAUGGUCCUGGGAGUCUUUUCUUUACUGGUGAUGGAACCGGUCAAGUGAGAGUAUGGAAUUUUUUGGCCGAACCAACUACCAUCGCCCAAUGAAAGACUGGGACUGUAUAUUGUGCCGUUCUUUAUGUUACACUUGUUUAUUUCUUUUUUUCCCCCGAGUAUUCUUCUGAUAGGUAAGUUUGCGGGAGAAAUUAUUAGUCGAGAAUGUAGUUUUGGUUCUUUUGUGAGAGGGGAUUAGCAAUAACAGGACCAGUGUAAUUGCGUGUUGUGUCAUAAUCAUAAAGAGAAGGGUUUUGGCCUGUUUCGAAAUUCUGAACAGUUCAAAUGGCCCCUUAAUAUUUAACAAGCUGUGAUUUUAUAGAUGA